UUAGAUAAUGAUUUAGUAUUUAGCUUCAAAUAGAAUACUAAAAACUCUUAUAUAAGUCUAAAGCCAUACUCUUUCUACUGCUAUUACAAUUCUUAAACCAUUAGCCCAACCAAAGCAAUCAACAACAGAAAAAUCAUACUGCAGCAGCUAAUUCCUAUGUCUCUUUAUCAACCACCGCCACCGCUACCGCUACCGCCACCGCCACCGCCACCGCCUCCGCCUCCGCCUCCGCCUCAUUCUCUGUCUUUGUAUAGCAAUGAUUUCAUGCAACAGUUACUGGGUGUUUUAAUUGGAGCACUAAUAUUAAUGCAAAUAGCAGCAAUUUACAUAUGCAUUAAAUCCGCAGCAAGGUUCUUUUAUCAAACCCAAAACCACAAUGAUACAGAACAAGGACGUCCCAGAAACCGACCACCACAGCCACAGCCAGGAAACCAACUACCACGGCCGCAGCCAUUGCCGCCCGAGAGGAUGGCGAGAGCGAAGGUUAUAGUAAUAGCAGGGCGUGUUUUUGAGUACAAGAGUGAAGUGCAGAAACCGAACGUGUUUUGCAGGGAAUGUGUUAUUUGUUUGGAAGAAUUUAAAGAUGGUGAAGAGUGUAGGAUCUUCACAAAGUGCAACCAUUUUUAUCAUAAGGGUUGCAUUGAUAAAUGGCUGAUUAAGCACCGGCAUUGCCCGAUUUGUCGCGAAUCUGUUCGGCCUCGGGCUAAUGAUCAUAUUCCGGUUUAGAGGCAAUAUAAAGCUGUAGGUAGAGACGAAGAUAUAUACAUAUAGAUAAUAUAUAAUAAUCUUUAUUUUUGUUUCA